AUGUAUAUAUAUGACAGUUCGGUGGUGUGUGUGGUGGUAUAAUCGCAAGUUUUUUUUUCGUGCGGAAAAAGCUAAAUAUUUUUAAAAAACUAAUUCACAACGUAUUCUCGAAACAAAUAUUGACAGUUUAUUUUAAUGUAGUUAACGUAUCAUUAAAAAUACGAGUUUUAUUCCAUUAACUUUUUCUUGUUCUUCGACAUUAAACAAAAAUUUAUCAUGAUUCGUACUCUUGUACAAAAUGUUACAGUUUUUUAAAAAACCUGGACAAAAAUACAGGUCCAGACUAUUGCAGGAGCCGUCGAUAAAAUCCGAAAAUCCCGAAAAUUACAAAAAUGAUUCACACAAUUUGGACCAAUCAGGCGCGUUGGGUAGCAUUGAGGAGACAGAGGAAAACAAUAUCAACAAUGUUGAAACAACAGAAAUUUGUUCCUUUAAUUCUAGUCUCUCUAAAUCACUACCGGAAAUUCUCGCCGAAAAAAGUGCAUUAGGUUAUUUUAUUCAAUACAUGGAUUCAAAGAAUAGUGUGAAUCUUAUCAAAUUUUGGCUCGAAAUUGAAUGCCUCUGUGGAGCGUCAUCAUUUAAUGAUAACAAUGAACUGCAGAAUAAUUGCAACAUUAAUAAUGAACAUUUACACAGUAUUUCCAAUGAAAUUAAUGAAAUUAAUAAUAGUCGUCUACUAUCGUCUAAUUCAGAAACUAAUGAUAAUUUAAUUCUUGAUACAACAAAUUCCUAUAAUAAUGUGAAAAAAUUAAAUGCAAAAGAGCCAAAGAAUUCAAUGUUAAUUGCUGAGAAUAAAUCAAAUUAUUAUGAUGAAAAUAAUUCUUGUACAGCGUCAACUGUACGGCAAGAUGCGCAGAAAAUAUAUAAAAAAUACAUUGCCAAGGAAUUAUUAGAUUCGAAUUUAUUUUCGGAUGAAUUAUUAAUGGAAAUGAAGGAGAUGAUUGAGUGUGAGAAUGCUGAACCUUUAUUGGCUUGUUUAUCAUUGGCUCAGAAGUGUGUUUAUAAAAUAUUGGAAGACGAGUAUUUAAACGAUUUUUUGAAGAGCGAAUAUCAUUGUAAGCAUCAAAUUGAUGUAUUGACCAGUGGAAAUGUACAAUUAGCUGAUAUUCUCUACAACGAAACUGCUUUCUUUUAUUUUAUGGAGUUCAUGGAAGUUGAGAAUAAACGAAAUCUUCUUGAUUUCUGGAUGUCGGUUGUGAAUUAUAAACAGAAUUUAGUGGAAAAGGGAAGUUCCGCUGAUCCAUGUGAAGCACAAACGGAUGCUGUGAUUAUUUACGAAAAAUACUUUAGCUUACAAGCAACCAUGCCAUUGGGAUUUAACGACAAGGUACGCUUUCAAGUCGAACAAAAUAUAUGUCGUGAGGAUGGAAAAGGACCACAACCUGAUUGCUUUGAUCUUCCUUGUAAACUUGUAUACAACUUUUUAAAAAAGAAUUAUUUACCUGCCUUUCUAUCGUCACAACUAUACUAUAAGUACCUUUCUGAACUUAUUAAUAAUCUUCAGAGUAGUUCAUGUACAAAUCAACACAGGAUCUUGAAGAGAGCAGAAUCUGAUUGUGGAAGUGAAGCGAGUAGUUUAAGUAUUCAAGUUCAAACUUCGAGUCAAAAAAGUUUAGAAGAACAAAAACGAUCAAAAAAUAAAAAAUCUAUGAACGGAAGUAUGAGUAUUGAUACAAAACAGCUCUACGAUCCAGAUUCACUUUGGAGAAGAAAAAAAAGAAGUUUAAGUGUUGGGUAUGUAGAUAGUAUGGGACGAUUUAUUACCGAAAUAGAAUCUCAUCGAAAAAAUGAAAGAGAAUCUCGUUUAUCGCGUGCUGUGAAAAGAUUAGUAAACAUGGAGCAAGAUAAGGCUAAGGAAGAAUUAGCGUGGAAAAUCGCGGAAAUGAUUAUUCGAGAGAUUACAACGUUAACUCUAGGGACAUCUGAUCUUCCGUCUUGAUAAAAUCUAUCCUAUAAGAAGAAUUCUGCUUCUAUUUUUUUUUUACUUUUUUAAAAUUCCUCGAAUUCUAUUUUUUGGAAUUUAUUUUUGAAAUGGUGCCAAAAACUGAAGCAAGGCAAUUCAAUUUUUAAUUCUCCGUUGGGUACGUAUUUUUUUAAGUGAUAAUUUUUACCAUUUUCUUUGUGUUCGUUUUUUCUAUUUUUUAAAAAUGGACUUUUAAAAGUCUAUUCAUUAAGAUAAUUAUAUUCAUUUAAGAAAUUAAAAUUUAAGUUUCUCUCACAAUCAGUAAAAUAUACUGACAAAUGAUACGUAAUAUUUUUUUUAUACAUUGAAUUUUAUUUUGAAACGCAUACAAAGCGUACUUUGUAAGUUCCUCUAAAAUGAGAUUGUUCCGUAAUUGAUGAAAAUAAUUGUGAUUUUAAAAAAAAAGUUUUCAAUAAUUUUUGAAAACGAAAAAAAUAGUAGUUUUAAGUGUUUUACGAGACAUUUAAAAAUGUCCAUUUCAAUUGAAUCUCGAAUAUUUUUGUGAAAAUAAAAAGACAUAAUAUUUAGAAACAUAAUGAAGAGCUUAGCACAUGACAGGAAAAAUCUUUCACGUUUGAAAGGCAAAAAAAAAAGAAUUUAAAUAAGUAAAUGUUUUAAAUAUUUGUUUACUAAAAUUCUAAAACUAAAUUCUUCGCCCUCUAAUUUAUAUUUUCAAUUUAAGAAUAUUUUUACUUCCGUUAUUAAAUAAAUAAAGAAAAGAGAUCUGAGAAAAUUGUGGCCUAUAUAAACAUAAUCGUAUUCUAUACAUAAUAUUGUAAUAUAUUGUGAUUUCAUAUAAAAACGACGAUCAAAAUAUAAAUCUUAAUCUAUCGAUUUUUAGAAUAUUCAUAUAAACAUAAGAGAAAUAGUUUGUACAAGAGUAUUAAAAAAAAAUAUCUUUUCUAGCACCUUAAAUUUUAGAAAUUAAGGUUCUCUGUUAAAAAAGAAAUUAUUCGAGAUUAAGUGUUUAAAGGAACUAUUUUUUUAAAGAAUUUUUCGAACGGUGCUAUAUUUUAAGAGUAUAGUUUGUAAUAAAAACAAAAUAAUGAAAUUAUUAAAAAAAAAAAAAUGGUAUUGAAUUUUAAAUAUGAAAAA